UCUAAUCUCAGUAGCCUCCUUCAGUCUAUGAGAACCUGCCAAUUAAAAAGCAGCUACUCAGCCAGGACCUGUUAAGGUUUAUCUGUGUUGUAUAAAAAUGUAAAGAAGUCAGCAAUCUAGUGUUCUGCCUGUCCAUGGUGGUGAAAAGAAAUCUGUUACACUUCUCUGUUGAACACGUGCAGGAAGAGGUCUAUUUCCAGCCAGGAGUUUAUUUCACCAUCUGUGAUCUGAGAGACGAUGGCAGUUUUCCGCGCUUUGCUGUUCCUGUGAGCGAGAAGCUACAGUAGCUGCUGUGUCUACAAGGAGGAUGGUUCCACUAAGGCGUUUGUCUCCUUAAGGCUUCUAUCCAAGGGCAUCAGUCAUUAACUUAAUAAGCUACAUCUGCUACUUGCUUAAAGCUCAAGGAAAAGGUAUCUUAAGCUGGAGAUCCCACACUGACUCCUGAACAGCUAAUGUACGGUAGCAGCAGGUUUCCACAGCCCUCAUUUUUUUGUGAAGGACUCACUACUGGCAGUGACAAGAUAAUGAAGUCACCAAUCCGGAACGCAAGGUCUGAAAUUAAACCAGAAAAGACCAAAACCUGUUAAAACACAGGCUGUCGAGGUACCAAGGAUUCAUUUUUGUUCUAUCCCCGAAACGCUUUGUUCUGUUUUGAGCUAAUCUUGUUUUGUAUUAAUUUUAUAUAUAGAUAUUUUAGAUUUUUUUUUUUUUUUUUAGCAUAUAUAUAUAUAUAUUUUUUUUUUUUUUUUUCCUUUUUCAUUUUCUACGUCUUUCACUGCUCUUGCCUCUCCUCCUGCCUGAAACGUGUGGCGAAAGCGGGAAAGGAAGAUGCCGGCCAUUCUGGUGGCUUCGAAGAUGAAGUCUGGAUUGCCCAAGCCUGUGCACAGCACAGCUCCUAUCCAGCAUAUCCCAGCCAGGACCAUCCCCCAGCCCUGUUACCUGAAACUCAGGAGCAAGCUGGAGGUGUCCAAGCCCACCUACUCCAGCCAGAUCCCUUUCAAGUCUCCCCAUGGGCACGAGGAAGAAGGGGCCCCACACAGAAAGAGUACCGGUUUAGAGAAUGGAUUUGACACCCAGAUUUACACUGAUUGGGCUAACCACUAUCUGGCAAAGUCAGGCCACAAGCGGCUCAUUAAGGACUUGCAGCAAGACGUCACAGAUGGGGUGCUGUUGGCGGAGAUCAUACAGGUUGUAGCAAAUGAGAAGAUUGAAGAUAUCAAUGGCUGUCCAAAGAGUCGGUCCCAGAUGAUUGAAAAUAUUGAUGCCUGCUUGAGUUUCCUGGCAGCCAAAGGUGUUAACAUCCAGGGUCUGUCUGCAGAAGAAAUCAGAAAUGGAAAUCUGAAGGCCAUUUUGGGGCUUUUCUUCAGCCUGUCUCGCUACAAGCAGCAGCAGCAGCAGCAGACACAAGCAGCCCAGAAACAGCCAUCACACCAACAGCAGCAGCAGCAGCUGCACCACCAACACCAGAUCCAAACUGGGCACCCUCAACACGGGCAAGCUGCACCCCACCACCACCAGCCCCCAGCGCAGUGCCAGCCACAUCCACAAGCAACGCUGCAGCAGCAAAAAGCACAAGCAGAAAUGCAGUCAAGGCUUCCAGGCCCCUCCACGAGGAUGUCAGCUGCGGGCAGCGAGACCAAGACCCGUGGAUCUGUCAGUGCCAACAACCGACGCAGCCAGAGCUUCAACAACUGUGACAAAUCCAAACCAGCACACCCGCCACCUCCAGCAAGCAGCCAAGAGAAAGAGCCAGCAGACGGCACGGCCACACAGCAACCAGGAAUGAAUGAAAAUGUACAGUCUUCAGCUCCCAUUAACAACAGCAGUAGCACCAGCACCAUCAGCAGCAGCAGCACCACCACCUCAUCAGCAAUUCCUCAGCCCAACUCUGCCAACAAACCCUGGCGCAGCAAAUCCCUCAGUGCAAAGCACACCGCCACGUCUUCCAUGCUGUCCGUGAAGCAGCCCAGCCAGGAGGCACCUCCAAAACCCCCUGUGGAAUGUGCCAAGACAACCCCUAAUGGACAAAAAUCAAUGCUGGAAAAGUUAAAGCUUUUUAACACUAAAGGGGGUUCCAAGACGGCAGGGGCAACCCUGGAAAGCUCUGUGUCUCGGAAUGUCGGCAGCGAGAAAGUGGAGGUCCCUUCUAACGCCGAAGAGCCUGAAGAUACAGAACUUUCAAGCCGGGGAGUCAAUGGCACUGGAGCAGCCGCCAACAGCCCCAAAAUUGCACUGAAAGGGAUCGCCCAGAGGACUUUCAGCAGAGCGCUGACCACCAAGAAGAGCUCCCUGAAAAGUGCUGAGAAGGAGAAACAGAAAGAAAAGGACAAAGCGAAGGAGAUCUCAAAAAGGGUGUCGGUGACGGAGAAACCGGAGACCAAGGAGGAGCCCAAAGAGGAACUGGCUGGCACAGCCAUGUCAGAACCCAAAAAGACCUCCAAGAUCGCUAGCUUUAUUCCCAAAGGGGGGAAGCUCAGCAGUGCGAAAAAAGAGACCUCUGCUCCAGCACACAGUGGCAUACCAAAACCAGGAGCGAAGACUUCAGCUACAGGGAAAUCAGCGGGGGCUCCCUCAUCCUCCUCCUCCUCUGGGAAAGAAGGGGAGAGGCCCCGCAGUGCAAAGCUUGGCCCUGGUCUUUCGCUGCACAAGGGCCAACUGGACAGCAGGCACUCCAGUUCCUCCUCCAGCCUGGCCUCUUCCGAGGGGAAGGCUAUUGGGGGGACUCCUCAUCAAGCCAACAGCGGUGCUCAGGCCGGCACUUCCUGCAACACCCAGACGACAGGAAGUAACACUAUCAGCGUUCAGCUACCUCAACCUCAGCAGCAAUACAACCACCCCAACACUGCCACAGUGGCCCCCUUCAUGUACAGGUCACAGACGGAUAUUGAAGGGAAUAUGAACACAGACUGUGGAUCUGGAGGAGGAAAUGUGGAUCCUGCGGCCUACACUAAAGCGGGCCAGCCUGCUGUUGAAGACCUGUCAGGGGAAGACCCAGAGGCAAGGCGACUACGGACUGUUAAGAACAUUGCAGACCUUCGUCAAAACCUGGAGGAGACCAUGUCCAGUCUACGUGGCACACAGGUUACACACAGCACAUUGGAAACAACAUUCGACAGCAACGUCACAACUGAGAUCAGCGGGCGCAGCAUCCUGAGCUUGACGGCGAGGUCAACGCCGUUGUCUUGGCGACUGGGACAGUCCAGCCCUCGCCUGCAGGCCGGAGAUGCCCCCUCGCUGGGGAACGGGUUCCCUCCUCGGGGCAAUGCAAGUCGCUUUAUAAACUCAGAGUCUGGGAGGUACAUGUAUUCAGCCCCCCUCAGGAGACAGCUGGCAGCACGGGGCAGUAACGUGUGCAGUGCGGACCUUGCUGACAAGGAUGACCUGGAUUUAGAGGGAAUCCACAUGGAAGCUACAGGCUACAUGAGCGACGGGGAUGUACUUGGAAAAAAAUUGCAGACAGAUGAUGUGUCUAGUGGCUACCUGACUGAUGGGGGACUGGGCCUGUACACCCGUCGACUGAACAGACUGCCUGAUGGGAUGGCUGCAGUGAGGGAGACGGUGCAACGCAACACCUCCAUGGGGGUUGGAGAUGCUGACAGUUGGGAUGACAGUAGUUCAGAGAGCAGUGGGAUCAGCGACACCAUAGACAACCUCAGUACAGAUGAUAUCAACACCAGCUCUUCCAUCAGCUCGUACGCCAACACGCCUGCUGCACCGCGGAAGAGUAUCGACAGCCAGACGAGUGCUGUGUUGAUAUCUUUCCAGCCCCAGACGGACACAGAGAAGCACUGCGCUGUGGAGCGGAACUCUAUGCGGUCUGGGGAUGAAAUGAAGAAAUCUGACGGGGGCUCAGACAGUGGAGUCAAGAUGGAGUCCGGCUCCAAGUGGAGACGCAACCCUUCCGAUGUGUCUGAUGAGUCAGACAAAAGCAACUCUGGCAGAAAAACAACCGUCAUCUCACAGACAGGCUCCUGGAGACGAGGCAUGACUGCCCAGGUUGGCAUCACUACACCCAGGACGAAAAACGCCACGCUGAAAACCCAUGGAACUGGUAUGCAACAACCUAGAAAAACUGAUGAUGCCAAGGCAUCAGAGAAGGGCAGGCUCUCCCCCAAGUCUGCUAAUGUCCAGCGUUCCCCCUCAGAUGCUGGCCGCAGCAGUGGAGACGAAACGAAGAAACCUCCAUCGAGCGCUUCCAGGACCCCCACCAACACCUUCGGGUUCAAGAAACAGCCUGGGGGCAUGACCAUCAUCACUGCCAGCGGUGCCACCAUCACCAGCGGCUCAGCAACCCUGGGCAAAAUCCCCAAGUCAUCUGGGCUCAUCGGCAGGUCUGGUAGCCGGAUGGCUAGUGUGGAUGGCUCCCAUCAGGACGAUGCCUACCUGCCCAUCAGUGCCCGGACUAACCUGCAGUAUCGCAGCUUGCCCAGACCCAGUAAAUCAGGCAGCGGUGGCAGAAACGGCAACCGGUCCAGCACCAGUAGCAUUGACUCCAAUCUCAGCAGCAAGUCUGCUGGCUUACCCGUGCCCAAAAUAAGAGAGCCUUCCAAAGUAGGAAUGGGUAGUAGCCCUUUACCUGGAGGAGCCAACCAGACAGACAGGGAGAAAGGUGUGUCUUCUGAUACAGAGAGCGUAGCCUCCUGCAACUCUAUCAAGGCCAGCCCAACCUCCCACUCUGGGGCCUCGCAGAGUGGCCGCCAACAAGGAUCCAAAUACGCAGAUGUGUCAUCACCCACUUUGCGCAGACUGUUUGGUGGCAAGCCAGGUAAACAAGCCCCAGUCACAACAGCUGAGAAUAUGAAGAAUUCCACAGUUAUCACCAACCCCCAUGCCACCAUGACUCCACAGACUAACCUUGAUUCGCCUUCAGGGAGUGGAAUGCUGAGCAGUGGUGGCAGCAGCCCCCUCUAUAACAAGACCACCGACCUGGCCCAGUCUUCCAUGGCCUCCAGCCCGGGCUCUGCCCAUUCCGCUCCUUCCAACAGCCUGACGUGGGGCACCAACCUCAGCAGCUCCUCUACGGUGAGCAAGGACGGCCUCGGGUACCAGUCUGUCAGCAGCCUGCACACCAGCUGUGAGUCCAUCGACAUCUCCCUGAGCAGCGGAGGGAUCAGCCGUCACAACUCCACCAGCGGGCUGGUCCCAUUCUCCAAAGAGGAGUCUCUGUCUGCAAUGGCAAGGAAUAACAGUGUGAAGACAGCCUUGUCUGAGAGUCCUCUUUCUUCCCCAUCUGCUAGCCCAAAAUUCAGCAGAAAUACUUUACCUCGGAAACAGGGCAGCGACCCUCACCUCGAUAGAAACACCUUGCCAAAGAAGGGACUCAGGUACCCCCCUUCUUCCCAGCUCCGCAGCCAGGAAGAUGCCAAGGAGUGGUUGCGAUCUCAUUCUGCAGGAGGCCUGCAGGAGAGUGCCAGCAACUCCCCAUUCUCGCCAGGCUCCAGCAUUACCUCUCCUUCUGGAACCAGGUUCAACUUUGCCCAGCUUGCUAGUCCAACCACUGCUGCCCAGAUUAACCUUGCAAACUCUUCAGUGCUGUGGAAUCAGGAGGGGCCCUUGGAUCCAUACAGCGAUCCUCGCUUCCGCAACAGCUCCAUGUCUCUGGAUGAGAAAAUCAGGAGCAUGAGCCGCUCUGGGUCCUUCAGGGAUGGCUUUGAAGAAGUGCAUGGCUCCUCAUUGUCUCUGGUCUCUAGUACCUCCUCUAUCUACUCCACGCCUGAAGAAAAAUCACAGUCAGAGAUACGCAAACUGCGCAGAGAACUUGAUGCAUCACAGGAAAAAGUGUCAGCUCUUACCACUCAGCUAAGUGCUAAUGCUCAUCUUGUGGCAGCUUUUGAGCAGAGUCUUGGAAACAUGACCAUCAGGCUGCAGAGUCUGACUAUGACUGCAGAACAGAAGGACUCAGAGCUUAAUGAGUUAAAAAAGACUAUUGAGUAUCUGAAGAAACAAAAUGCUGCUGCCCAGGCUGCCAUUAAUGGAGUCAUCAAUACCCCAGAGCUCGCUUGCAAAGCCACGGGUAAUGGGACCCCUCAGUCCGCUGACCUCCGCAUACGCAGACAGCACUCCUCAGACAGCGUGUCCAGUAUUAACAGUGCCACCAGCCAUUCUAGUGUGGGCAGCAACGUGGAGGUGGACUCCAAGAAGAAGAAGAAGAAGAACUGGUUACGGAGUUCCUUCAAGCAAGCAUUUGGCAAGAAGAAGUCCCCUAAGUCAGCUUCCUCCCACUCGGACAUCGAGGAGAUGACUGACUCCUCCCUCCCCUCGUCCCCCAAGCUUCCUCGCAACGGCUCCACAGCCUCUACGCCUCUCAGGAGAACCUCGCACUCCAACUCUUUUGCCUUUUACUCUGACAUCUAUGUAAAAGAGAUGUGCAGAAGUGCCGAGAGUGCUCAUUUCAGGAGUGGUUCGCUGGCUCGUAUUUCCGAAUGCACAGAGGGUGAGGCUGAGACAGUCAUGCAGCUUCGCAGUGAGCUGAGAGACAAGGAGAUGAAAUUGACUGACAUUCGACUGGAGGCCCUUAGCUCCGCCCACCAGCUGGACCAGCUUCGUGAGGCAAUGAACAGAAUGCAGGGUGAAAUUGAAAAGUUGAAAAUUGAGAACGAUCGAUUGAAGUCUGAGAAUCAGGGGGUCGGCAGUCGGGCCCCAUCCCAGCUCUCCAUCUCUUCGUCCCCCAGGCAGUCUGUAGGCCUCUCCCAGCACAGCCUCAGCCUCACCGAGUCCACCAGCUUGGAUAUGCUGUUGGAUGACAAUGCUGAUGGCGGUACAACUCAUAAAGAGGGCAGACAUGUGAAAAUAGUUGUGAGCCUGCGAAAUGAGAUGAAACGGAAGGAGGAGUGUAGACCUCGUCGUUUCCUUGUCGGCUGCAUCGGAGUCAGUGGGAAAACCAAAUGGGAUGUGCUGGACGGGGUUGUCCGGCGCCUUUUCAAGGAGUACAUUAUCCAUGUAGAUCCAAUGAGCCAGCUGGGCUUGAACUCUGACAGUGUCCUGGGUUACAGCAUUGGGGAUAUCCAUCGCACCGCCGGAGCUCAGACUCCAGAGCUACUGCCCUGUGGCUACCUAGUGGGGGACAACAACACCAUCUCCGUCACCUUGAAAGGUGUUUCAGAGCACAGCCAGGACUGCUUGGUGUUUGAGACCCUCAUCCCGAAGCCCAUGCUGCAGAGAUACGUCUCCCUCCUCUCGGAGCACCGGCGCAUUAUCCUGUCUGGACCCAGCGGAACUGGGAAGACCUAUUUGGCCAAUCGGCUGGCAGAGUACCUGGUGCUGAAAGAAGGCAGAGAGCUCACUGAUGGGGUCAUCACCACCUUCAACGUGGACCACAAGUCCAGCAAGGAAUUGCGUCAGUACCUCUCCAGCCUGGCUGACCAGUGUAACAGCGAGAGCAGUGCGGUGGACGUGCCCCUGGUUAUUAUUCUGGAUAACCUGCACCAUGUCAGCUGUCUCGGAGAGAUCUUCAACGGGCUUCUCAACUGCAAGUACCACCGCUGCCCUUACAUUAUCGGCACAAUGAAUCAAGCUACAUCUUCAGCACCAAACCUCCAGCUUCAUCAUAAUUUCAGGUGGGUGCUGUGUGCCAACCACACAGAGCCGGUGAAAGGCUUCCUGGGACGUUUCUUGAGAAGAAAGCUGAUUGAAACCGAGAUCAGCAGCAGGAUGAGGAACACAGAGCUGGUUAAAAUCAUCGACUGGAUUCCGAAAGUCUGGCAGCAUCUCAACGAGUUCCUGGAAGCACACAGCUCCUCCGACGUUACGAUCGGUCCCCGGUUGUUCCUGUCUUGCCCAAUCGACGUGGCUGGUUCACGUGUGUGGUUCACUGACCUGUGGAACUACUCCAUAAUCCCCUACAUGUUGGAGGCAGUCCGGGAGGGACUUCAGCUGUAUGGUCGAAGAGCUCCCUGGGAGGACCCUGCUAAAUGGGUGAUGGAUACCUACCCUUGGUCUGCCAGCCCACAGCAACAUGAGUGGCCUCCUCUGCUUCAACUGAGACCUGAGGACGUUGGCUUUGAUGGAUGCACUGUGGUGCGGGAGGGGUGUUCCAGCAAACAAGUCCCACAGAGUGACGAAGCAGGAGAUCCGCUGAUGAAUAUGCUGAUGAGACUCCAAGAAGCGGCCAACUACUCCAGCCCCCAGAGUUACGACAGUGACUCCAAUAGCAACAGUCACCAUGACGACAUCUUGGAUUCAUCACUGGAGUCCACAUUGUGAUCAAGGGCUCCAAUCGAUGUAGAAUGUGUUUCUGUUUACCUUUUAAACAAUAUUGACAAAAAAAAAAAUAAUAAUAAUAAUUAAAAUCUGCUGUAAGAACAAGCAUCUUUAUAAUAAUCACAUUUAUUGUGACCAUGGGUGCAGGCAACCCAGAGGACAACAGUCUUUUCUAGUAUAUAAAAAAAAAAAAAAACAGAAAAACUAAAAAAAACUGCACUAUUCUAUUUUUUACAGUGUAUUUGCUAAAGGCUUUUAAAAGCCAAGUUGUGAAAUAUUAAAUGUAUUUGAACUCCUGUGCAAAAAUGAUGGCGUUUUUAAGCUGUGGAACAAGCAUUGUGCCAUGUACUGGCCUACAAGAAGACGUCUUGCCUAUGCUGCUGUGAACCAAACGACCAGUGAAGGAUGGACUUUUCCAUCCAGCUUUAUCAGUGCUUUCCUCAGCUGCUGUGGUUAUGGUGCUAUAUGGUUUGCCUUGAAAGGUAUUCUAGGUCAGGCUGCAAGGAAAUAGCUUGGUGGCUAACCAGUCUUAGUCACCUCAACUGUAAAGACAGUACAAGGACUGUUAUAGACCUAAUAUCUGUAAUAACAGCAGUCCUAUACUGGAGCCACAUUUUUCCCAGACCCAAGUGGUGUAGAAGUGAGCAUUUGUUCCACAGACUAGGACGUAUUUAAAUUCACAAAGAGGAGGUUUAUAAAAACUAAGCAAAACCUCCAUCGCUGCAAAUCUGUUAACAAUCGCAAAAACGGUUUACACGAAUUUUCACAAGAAAUCAAAAAAAGUUGUGUGUGUUUUUUUUUUUUUUAAAUUAACAGCUACUGUGCCAUUGUUUUACUUUUUGACUGUGUAUAUUUAAACUGUUCAAGGUGGUUCGUGAAGAGAAUUCAGCUGUUUUUUAAAUCGGUCCUUCAUACGAACUGUAUAACGUCGGUAAUGCAGCCUCUUAAGACGCGAGAGCUAAAAACGGCUUUCUGUAUAUCUCCUCUCAGUACACAUGCAUCAGAACACCUCAGCCAGUGUAGCAGCAAACCCACCGGGGGAAACGGCUGCAUGCAGUCAGACCUCAGUGCUUUCCCUCCACUGACCAGCACAAGCUUUUGCGAACAUCUUUUUGGUGCUGAACUUUCAAACGAUGCCUUACUUAAUUUUGUAAUAAUUGUGUUAGCGUGCACAUUUGUGCUGUUUUUUACAUUCUGAAACAGGGCUGAGUGUUCAUCUCCUAAACUUUUUUAAGGUCAUAGGUUUGCGGCUGCAAAUUUAUUUUUUGAUAUCAGAUGCUGACUUCUUGACAUUUAGGAGGAAAAUGUUUUCAGGUUCAUAUAUAUCGACCUGCAGCUAGUUGUCCCACUGGGCAGUAACUUACUGUUCGUAAAUAGAGAAAUAUCCACAAAAGGAUAUUCAUUAACGUAUAUGUUACUGAAUAAAGCCAACUUAUGGAACAAAUAGUUGAGCUUGGUGCUCAGUCAUUGUCUCAUUUUUAAGAGGUACAGAUUUUAUUAAUACUUUUUGGUUUAAAAGGGUUUUUUCUUAUACCUCAGAAUAAGGCUACGAUUUUGUCAUGGAGGUCACCGAAAUCGUGAAUUUGAAUAAAGUCUGAAAUCUUGGAAAUGGAUGUAAAAAUACAUUUGAUUAGGCACUAUGCUUUCUUUAAAAAAUGCAGUAUGUCAUGCACUGAAAAUACAAAUCUGCGAGUAGCUGUACGAAGGACGCAUCUUGUCGCAGUCCUUUUGCGAAAAUGGGUACAUUAACAACGUCGUUGGUACAUCCAUCCUCUCAAACAGAGAACCCAAAGGGGAGAAUUUCAAACAUUAAUUAGAGAGAUGCGGGUAUGUGACAGUGAGAGGUAUUUUAGAAUGACAGGUGAAAGGUUUGACUUUAAGGCUGUACGUCUUUCCAAAAAUGAUGUCAGAGUCUGAAGUAUGUACUGUUAGUUUUAUACUCUAAAGUAACAUUUGAACUUGUCAAAAGCAAUAGCCUGUAUAUUAUUGGUUUUGGUGUAGUAUUCAAAAGCUCUUGUGUAUGUUGAUGUAGCUAACACUACAUUAUUUGGUGACCUUGAAUUCUUGUUUAUUUUUUGCCGCACCUCGCCCGUGAAAUGUACUAAAAAUGGCCGUUCCAGAAUCGUAGCCUUACUCAUGAACAUCUGAUGCCAUCAGUGUGUUAGGUUUAUUUUUUAAUGGGCAGAAAUGUGUCUGUGCAUGAAAAGUGAAAACGAACGUUUUGUGAUGCUUUUAUGUGAACUUAAUUCAAAUAUAAGGACGGGUGAGGUAAAACGUGACUCUUUUUGGUUAUGAUUUGCAAAACAAAUACAGAGGAAGAGGGAAGGAAAAAAUUCUGUUGCAUAGCAAAAUAAUGCAGUACUGUAUUGCUUAAUCCUGACUCAUUUGACAUGUGAUUGGCUGUGGUGCUUAUCAUGCAUUUAACCGAAUCGGCUUUGUAAGGAUACAAGAAAUAUCCACGCCUGCUUAAGUGGCUGAUGAAAACGAUACAGAUUAAAACAAAAAACUACUCCCAAGGUAACUUGUUUGUUCUUUUCAGACUCACUCGUUGUUCAGAUUUGAAGGCUACAGUGUUUUUUUGUUUUUAAAUGCUUCCAUUUCACUUUCUCUGUUACUUGCAUAUGUUCAGUUUGAGUGUUCUCGGUUACCAAUCCUAUGCAACAUUCAUCUUGAAUUUUUUUAAAUGGAAGCCAAAUAAGUUUCCUAUUGUUUAAGAACUGCCAAGAAUUGUGCAGGACAUAAAUAGACCUGUGAAUAACUGUGUGUAUUUUAAAUGGCUUUUUUUUUUUUUUGGUACAUUUGAGGACAUGCUUGUUCAAUGUUGUUUAGGCGAGCAAUGCAAGGUCUACUUGUGAUAUAUUUUUCUCACGAAGUCUGGUUGUUGAAAUGUUAUGGAAGGGUGUUGUUGAAUCUAGUUGUUAAAAGUGGAAGUUUGUUAAUGAAUGUGUUCUAUAUGAUGUACAUUUUCUUCUUGUAACAUAGAUAUGUAAAUAUUUGAUUACAGAGCUGCAUUUUGAUGACUUUUUUUUUGACAUUUUUAAAAAUAACUAGGAAAUGAUUAUUGUGUACAGUAUGAUGUUUUUUUCGAGUUUAUCAUUGAGUCUGUUCAAGAUCAUGUUAUUGCUCAUUCAAGAAUAAAUAUGAUCACUGUACCAGUCUUAAAUUAUUCAUGAAGAUUCAAUAAAACGAAUGCUUAUUUAUUAAA